GCUUAUUUAAGAAGAAGGUUUAAUGUGCAGUGGUCAUAGCUUGAAGAGAAGAGAUUGGAUACUACUCCUAUGAAUCAUAGCCCCAAAAAUCAUCAUCAUAUCAUGCCUGUGCCGGCUUCUCACGCCGUUCUCUUCCCUUUCAUGUCUAAAGGCCACACCAUCCCAAUCCUCCACCUCGCUCGCCUCCUACUCCGCCGUGGCGUCGCCGUCACUGUCUUCACCACCCCGGCCAACCGCCACUUCGUCUCCCAAUCCCUCUCCGACGUCCUAAAAGACAACUCUGUCUCCGUCGUCGACAUUCCCUUCCCGGAAAACGUCGACGGCGUGCCGUCGGGAAUCGAGAGCACCGACAGACUCCCUUCCAUGUCCCUCUUCCCCGCCUUCGCCGGCGCCACCAAGCUCAUGAAGCCCCAUUUCGAACGGGAACUCAGGGGUCUCCGGCCGGUGUCUUUCAUGGUCACCGACGGCUUCCUUGGUUGGACUCUGGACUCCGGGAACCUCCUCGGAAUCCCAAGAAUAGCUUAUUACGGCAUGGGUUACUUCGCCACGGCCGUGUCACAAUCCGCGGCGGAAUCAGGCGUCCUGUUGAAAACAGAGGACGCCGACGAGCCGUUCACGUUGCCGGAUUUCCCCUGCCUCACUCUCACCCGAAACGAUUUCGAGGCCUCCUUUCAAGGCCGGGAACCCAACGACCCCGCUUAUCUCUUCGUGAAAGAGCAAAUCGCCGCCACCGUGAACAGCCGCGGACUGAUUGUUAACAGCUUCUACGCGCUAGAACGAGACUGCAUAGAAAUCUACAGCAACAAAUGCGCGCCCAAAUCGUGGCCCAUCGGCCCCCUCUGCUUGGCGGAGCCACCGAGAGAGGAGUCGCCGGGAAAUCAAGAAAAGCCGUUUUACAUGAAAUGGCUUGACGGGUUGCUAGAACAGGGGAAGCAAGUCUUGUACGUGGCGUUCGGGUCUCAAGCCGAGAUAUCGGAGGAUCAAUUGGAGGAGAUCAAGACCGGCUUAGAGGAAUCCGGAGUGAAUUUCCUGUGGGUUGUGAGAACGAAGGGAUGGGAUCCCGCCGGCGACGGGUUCGAGAGCAGAGUGGAGAACAGGGGACUGGUGGUGACGGAGUGGGUCGACCAGAGGGAGAUUCUCGGGCACCGGAGCGUGAGCGGGUUUCUGAGCCACUGCGGGUGGAACUCGGUAAUAGAGAGCAUAUGCGCGGCGGUUCCGGUGGUGGCGUGGCCGAUGAUGGCGGAGCAGCAUCUGAACGCGAGGCUGGUGGUGGAGGUGAUCGAGAUCGGGGUGAGGGUGGAGGCGCGCAAUGGGUCGGUGAGAGGGUUUGUGAGGGCGGAGGGGGUGGAGAAGGCGGUGAAGGAAUUGAUGGAGGGGGAAACGGGUAAAAAAGCGAGGGAAAAGGUGAAAGGGAUGAGUGAAUCGGCCAUGGACGCCAUGAUGAAAGAAGGCGGGUCAUCUUGGGUGCAGUUAGAUGAGCUCAUUAAGGAGUUUCGCCUCCAAGAAGAAGGGAAUUAGUCAACUGGCCGAUUAAUUACGGAUUAAUAACAGAUAUAAAUGAUUGUAUCAUUCAGCAGCGUACAUCAUGGGUUACAGUUUCCUUGGUGGAGAAACGAGCUGGAGUUCCCUGCAAAAGAGAAAUAUACAGACGAAAUAUUGCAUGCUUUCCAACUUUUGUAGAUUUUCGCUGUCACUACAUUAUGAAUAUUAUUAAAUGCUAUCUAGGAAA